CCUUCCUGCUUAUGAUUUUGUGAUCACCUUUGCUGGUUUCUGUGCAAAAACUUGGCUCUUUCGGUGUGCUUUUGAAGAUGGAAUAACUAAUUCCUUUGCCUGGUUCCGUUCCGGUGUCAAGCGGUCUUUAUCUUGUCUCUCAGUUGAGGAAAAUCUCGUUGUUUAUGCCACAUGAGUUUCCCACUACAUGCAGCACUCUGUCUGUCGAUCGAUUUCAUCCACGGGUUUUACAAUUUCUACGCUUCGCACUUUGGCCCAGCUUGGCCUCGUUUAAAAUUUUGUACUGUUCUUAUAUUUUGUUUUUCAUGCUAUUGUUAUUAUGUCUUAUUUUACUUUGUUAUUGUAUAAGCAUUUUAUUGGAUGUCGCCGUGUGCCGUCGCCGUGUGUUAAGUCCAGUCAUGUCUGACUCUGGGGGUUGGUGCUCAUCUCCAUUUCUAAGCCGAAGAGCCGGCAUUGUCCAUAGACACCUCCAAGGUCAAGUGGCCGGCAUGACUGCAUGGAGUGCUGUUACCUUCCCGCCGGAGCGGGAAAUGAGGAUUCUGUGGAUCCCGCUCUGUCGUGAAGGAAAACAAACCAGCUUCUGGUGGGCAUCGAGGAAUUUGGAAACAAAAAGAACAGUCCUAUAGGACUCAAGGAGAAAUCUUCUCAAAGUCCUGAUCGUGCUGAACUACCACACUCACUUUGGAUCAGAAAAGAAAAUAGAAGACCCAAGCAUCCGUAUUGCAGUUGAAGAUGCAUAUUGCUGUGAAUAUGGAGGAAAAACCCUAUAAAUGCUGGGAGUGUGGAAAGAGCUUCACUCGGAGGGAUUACCUGCAGUUACAUGAAAGGACCCACACUGGGGAGAAACCCUAUCCAUGCCUGGAGUGCAGAAAGAGCUUCGCUCAGAGAGGAAGUCUACGUAAACAUCAAAGGACUCACACCGGGGAGAAGCCCUAUAAGUGCCAGGAAUGCGGAAAGAGUUUUUCGGAAACUUCACAUCUACAUUCUCAUUACAGAACUCACACUGGGGAGAAGCCCUAUACAUGCCAGGAGUGUGGGAAAAGCUUCACUCAGAGUGGAGAUCUACAUUCCCACCAAAGGACUCACACUGGGGAGAAACCCUACAAGUGCACCGAGUGUGGAAAGAGCUUCACUCGGAGUGGAGAUUUAUAUAAACAUCAAAGGACCCACACUGGGGAGAAGCCCUAUACAUGCCAGGAGUGUGGAAAGAGCUUCACCGAGAGUGGAACUCUACAUGCACAUCAAAGGACUCACGCUGGGGAGAAACCCUAUACAUGCCAGGAGUGUGGAAAGAGCUUCACCGAGAGUGGAACUCUACAUGCACAUCAAAGGACUCACGCUGGGGAGAAACCCUAUACAUGCCAGGAGUGUGGAAAGAGCUUCACCGAGAGUGGAACUCUACAUGCACAUCAAAGGACCCACACUGGGGAGAAGCCCUAUACAUGCCAGGAGUGUGGAAAGAGCUUCACCGAGAGUGGAACUCUACAUGCACAUCAAAGGACCCACACUGGGGAGAAGCCCUAUACAUGCCAGGAGUGUGGAAAGAGCUUCACCGAGAGUGGAACCCUACAUGCACAUCAAAGGACUCACGCUGGGGAGAAGCCCUACACAUGCCAGGAGUGCGGAAAGAGCUUUUCUCAGAGUGGAGACCUACAUUCACAUCAAAGAACCCACACCGGGGAGAAACCCUAUGCGUGCCCAGAGUGUGGAAAGAGCUUUUCUCAGAGUGGAAGUCUACAUAGACAUCAAAGGACCCACACUGGGGGGAAACCCUAUCAAUGCACAGAAUGUGGAAAGGGCUUCUCUGAAAUCUCACACCUGUGUUCUCAUUACAGAACCCACACUGGGGAGAAACCCUAUACGUGCCCGGAGUGUGGAAAGAGCUUCACUCGGAGUGGAAAUCUCCAUUCACAUCGAAGGACACACACUGGGGAGAACGGUGGCAGCAGAGACACUCCCUGAGACAUACAAAGGCAAUUCUGAAAAUAGGAGCACCACGUUGGGACGUUCUUGCAAUACCAUGGUAGUCUUACAGAAGACCCCAGAAUUAUUGGGUGCUGGGAGAAAAUCUUUAACAUUGCCCUUACAGGGAGACCAGACUCUACGUAAACAUCGUAGAAUCCACACUGGAAAGAACUGGUGUAUUUGAUACCAGAGGGACUCUCUUAAGAUACACAACAUGUUGCAAAUGUUGGAAAUGCGAGCACAAUAUUGGAAUGUUUUCAUAUUGUGGUGGUCUUGCAGAAGGUCAAAAAUAUCGGACCCAAAUACAGGCAGUGCCAAAGUUUCA